CUCUCUCUCUCUCUCUCUCUCUCUCUUAAUUUCCGUCUCUCUCUGAAUCCGUCACUCACUCAACUCACACGUGGGAAUGGCUCUGGCACUGCUGUCUGCAACAAGAGGAUGACCAGUCCGUCUAACACUUUUUCAGGAGUGUAACUUCUGUCAUUCUGGAAGUGCUUCGACCGGACAGCUAACACGUUCAUUCAUUUGGAAAAACCUGAGCUCACAACCCUCAUUUCUUAGAGACUCCAGGGGGGGUCUUCAAUGUUGUCCCCCUGGGUGCAUGUGUGUGUGAGGGGGGCAAGAGCGCCGGACGGCACAAAGGGAGGAGCAGGAUCGGUGGAGUUAAAACUCACGGAUGCCUGACUGAUUGUGCUCUCCCCUCAGGACUUUCCAGCAGCAGCAGCAGCGGCAGUCUCAUCCAAAGCCUUCAGUGAGCCACAGCCACUCUGGAGUACCAGGGAGGAUGUUCCUAUGGGCUGGAGCCAAAGGACCUCAGAGAUCAGGACACGAGGGAAGGGUUUACCAAAAGAUCCAGUAUGACGUCUUGGAAAAGAGGAAGACGGUGACGGCGCUGAAGGCAGGCGAGGACCGAGCCAUCCUGCUGGGCCUGAGCAUGAUCCUCUUCUCCGUCAUGAUGUACUUUGUCCUGGGAAUAACCAUGAUGCGUUCCUACGCAGACAGCGUGUGGACGGAAGAGUCCAGCUGCACCGUGCUCAACUCGUCGGUCGUGGCGGAGAUUAACUGCACCUACAGCUGCGGCUCCGAGUGCUGGAAGAGUUCCAGGUAUCCGUGCCUACAGGUGUUCGUCAGUCUCAACGCAUCCGGCCGAGUGCUCCGUCUCUCCCACAACGAAGAGGCUCAGGACUCAAACCCCGAGUGUUUCUACGUUCCCAAAUGCCGUAAGGACUCCACCGCCAUGUACUCGAUGGUCCUAAACAUCUCGGAGAGACUCAAGCUGCACCAGCAGGUCCCCUGCCACUACGCCCCAGGAGAGCGGCAGGACAGCGCGCUGCUGACCCGACUCUACGGCCCCGGGGCCAUCUUCCACUCCCUCUUCUGGCCCUCGUGCACGCUCGUCGGGGGCACGCUCAUCAUCGCCAUGGUGAAACUCACGCAGUACCUGUCCAUGCUGUGUGAGCAAAUCGGUCGGAUCAAAAGGCUUGGUCUCUCCCUCUUCGAAGCCGCGCGCCACAGAGGGAGAGCUGCUUCCGUCUCCAGCCAGAGGCACGGUGCGCCGGUCCUGGAUACAGUCUGACAGCUGCUGUGUGUCCAGGGGCAGAGUUGACCUCCCAAAUCAGCACUCUUCAGAGGACCCCCCCC